AAGAAGCAUCAUGGAGGCGAAAGCGCCGGCGAAAUUCGUUUGGAGGAAAAGGAUCGUGCACUCUAUGCGGAGCCUGACUGUUCUUCGUUCUUACAAACCAAGCUGAACCCGGCACCUGAAAAAAGCUUCGCGGUAGAAACUGUUAUUAGAGCUGGAUGCAGCACGGAUGCUGUCCUGUUGACGGAAAAACUGGAAACGUCUCCUUCUGGAUUGGAAGGACUGCUCACUAGGUUCAGUGUAGAAGAUGGUGCACGUCUUGCCACACAACUGGAAAAGGAACUCACGGAAGAAUGGUGUUCGACAUCAUUAUUCGGUGGUCUUGGUACCGAUCGUGCUGGAUUGUAA